UUCUAUAAUCAACUCAUCACUUUUCUUUAGUUAACUUCGUGGGAAAUUGUGUAGAUAUCAAUGUAACAAUGAUAUGUGCUUGUCUUAAGCCUAAUAACCCAAUUUCAAUUGUUCUUUAAGAACACAAUUGUCUUUAAAAAGACAAGACUUAUGAGCUUAAACUGAAAGUAGCUUACAUCUGAUUCGAAAUUUUGAAUUCACAGAAAUUCCAUUAAAAAAGGUGUUGAUCAUUAAAAUAAAACAAAUGUCAGCUAAUUUACAAAUUCAACUUCUUAUUUAUAUCAGCUCAUCGCUUGCAAAUCUUUACGAAGGUGUCAAGAAAAAAGAUUGGCGCUUAACCUACACCGGGAUCCCUGUGUUGAUGUAUGAUAAAGGUUCAGCAAAGAGUCGAAGUUCGCCGCGUGUAACUUUUGUUCUUGCAGAACGAGGAACAUGUUUUGCAUUGUGGAAAGAUACAAUCGACAACUUGUCCAACUAUAAAGUCUCCGGUCCCGCCUUCCAUACAAUGUGCCUUUCAACUGAUCACAGCAAGAUAAUUGGAUUUAGUUUUGAUUCCAACAGUUCUGCGAUGGAAUUUUGGGAGAACGUUGAACGGUUAAUUAGCAAUCCCGAAAAUAUUGCGCUGUCUGCACCAGGGCGUAAGAGAAAAACGAAAACGGUUAAACCCAAACCACUUCCUCCAAAAUCUCAGAUUUCUCAUCCCUGUCAAUUUUUGCAUGUUACGAAUGUGUCAGCUGAUGACACAUCUCGUUAUCAUAGUUUGCAAGUUUUUAUGAAGCAAAAUGACAAAGAAAUUUGCUAAAACAUUUAUGAUCAUCAAAAUAAUCUUUAGUAGUUAUGUAAGUUUGUCGUAGACUGAUAUAAAUAUAUAAAUAUUUAGCUCAAGAAGAAACCUUGAUAUCUUCACAUUGUUUCAUUUAAUAUGAAUUAAAAUGAUAAAUUAAUUAUAUUGCGUAACCUUCAAAGAAUGUGAAAAUUUUUCUUUUUACUCCGUGAUUAUUUAAAUAUUUACAGAAGCAAAUCUGCGGGUGCGCAAAUUUCAACGCGAACGUGUCAUAAUAUUUUUAUGUACGUCUCAAGUAUGUUAAAGUUUAUAAAACAUAAAAUUCUUGUAUGCUUCAUAAUUUCCAAUGUUGCAUUCUUUAAUAAAAUUUUAAUGAAAAGAGCCAAGUGGAAUGAUUACAUUAAUCAACUUUAAUUGUUUAAAUAAAGUAUCAAGUUGUCUCAUUUGAAAAUAAAAAAUA